UGUAAUUAAUAAUUAAUAUUUCAUGAUUAUAGUCGCAUAAUAUAAACCAAGUAUUAUUUAACAGAGAUCUGGAAUUUAACUUAACUUCUUUAAUGCAAGCUUUACUUAUCUUAUCAUUUUCUAUAAUUCGAUUACCAAAAAGAAGAGUGUGUGGAUAAUAGCAACAAUUCUAAAAUCUUAAAACUAUUUUCAAAGUCCAUGUAACUUUGCGGGUUGUCAAAGCUUGACUUUUGCAAAAUGUUUGUGCCAUCGAAACUGUUCCGAGGCCACAAGAUGGCGCGGAGACUCCUGAGGCCUGCGAGGGCCUACUCGCAGGAGACCGACGACUUCUUCAAGUUCUACAGCGACGAAGUACCGAACACCGAGCACCGGCCUCUGACGGAGGCCGAUUACGACCGCUUCAUCAGCCACAGGGCCGCUAGGAGGGAACCUGCGCUGACCAGGCUAAUCACGACCCUGGCGUACGGCGUCGGACGUCAGAUGAUCUCCCUCGCCGAGGGCAUGCCGAAUGAAGAGGUGUUCCCAUUUACCAGACUUGAGCUGGGCUCAACUGCAGGAGCGUUUCAUAUAGAGGGGAAAGAAUUAGCCACUGCGUUGCAGUAUGUCCCGUCACAAGGUCUCCCAGCUCUCCUCAGCGAACUCCGCGCCUUCCAGCAGGACCUGCACCGCCCCCCGCCCCUCCCCCGCGACGUGAUGGUGACCAACGGGGCCCAGCACGGCAUCUACCAGGCCAUCGACAUGCUGCUGGAUGAAGGAGACCCCAUACUGUUGGCUGAAUAUGCUUACACUGGAGUCCAUGCUGCUCUCAGGCCAUACCGCCCGGAGAUCAUCACCAUCCCCGAAGACGCUCAUGGCGUAGUCCCCGACACCCUAGAAGCAAUUUUGGCCGAGCGACUGGCCCGUGGGCUCCCCAUGCCGCGGCUUCUCUACCUGGUGCCCAAUGGCAACAAUCCGACCGGAGCCACGUUGCCUGCCGGUCGUCGACGACAGAUCUACGAUCUCGCCUGCAGAUACGAUUUUCUCAUUCUUGAGGACGAUCCGUAUAUGUUUCUGAAUUAUGAUGAUGAGCAACAUCCAUCGUUCCUGUCACUAGACACAGCAGGACGAGUCGUGCGUCUGGACUCAUUGUCGAAGGUCGUCAGCUCAGGGUUGCGUGGAGGCUGGAUGACGGCCCCAAGGCCGUUGCUGGAGCGUGCCGAGUUACACAUGCAAGGGGAGAUCCUACACAGCUGCACGCUCGCACAGUGCCUGGUGCACCGCGUCGUGUCAAACCGCCCGUGGCUGGCCGACCACCUGCAGCGCGCGCGCGCCCUCUAUCGGCGGCGGCGCGACGCGUUGUUAGAAGCUAUCGGUCCGCUUGAGCCACUCGCUGAGUGGCAGACGCCGCAAGGUGGCUUGUUCUUGUGGUUGCGAGUUAGGGGAGUGGAUGAUGUUUAUAAUAUGGUAUUCGAAACUGCUUUCAAACGGGGCUUAAUGCUGAUCCCAGGCCAUGCAUUCCAGUACGACACCACCAUCCCCUCGCAGCACUUGCGACUGACCUUUAGCAAAAUAGCCGUCAAAGACAUGCCUGUCGCCGCGCGCCUCCUAGCGGACAUCAUCAGAGAAGAGCAGCAGCGCAGUUUGCAGAAACAACCGGAGAGGAUCGCUACUCAACGCUAGAUGGCGUUAAAAUUAAUUUUGGUUAUUUAAUGGUUGUCAAUGCUGAUGGCUGGUAUUACAUUUAUAUUGUUUUGUAAUAAUUAUCUUUAUCUACAUACAAGAAAAUGUGUUCAUUAAUUUAUCAUAAUUUGUAUGUAAAGUUGUCUUAAUUUUAUCUUUGUUAAUUAUCCAAACUAAUUUAAAAUAAUCUAGUACUUACAUAAACCAGUAAAAUUAUUUUUUUCAUAAGUUUCCCUUCCCGCAAAAGUUUAAUCACAGAAUAACUAAAAGUACUAUUUAAUUUUUAAAAUCGGAAUGCGGAAUGCCACUCAUUUUACAUUAACGCCGUUGUAGCCUCGUUUUUUGGUUUUAUUGAAGCUCGUGUCCUGGAAUUUUUCAUUAAUUUUAUUUCGUGAGAUGCUUUUUCUUUUAAAGCCCGACG